UUGGUAAACAACUACACGAAGCCGAUCAGAAUACGCGAGAAGCAAAUCCUAGAUUUGAUCUGGAAACCUGACCCCUACUUUGUCAACUCCAAGUACUCGUAUUUCCACGCAGUCUCGUUCCCAAAUUUUCGAAUGCGAAUAUAUCCCGACGGUCUCGUCAAGUAUACAGUGAGAGUGACGUCAGUCUGCAACUGCUUCAUGCUGUUCUGUCUCUACCCACACGACAGGCAGACGUGCGACCUUCGAAUAAGUUCGAUCGCGUAUCCAUCGGCAUUCGUGCACUUCGUCUGGCAUACCGAUCCGAUUUCAUUCCAGUCGGAUAUAGCUCUACCCGAGCUGCACGUCCAACAUGUCUGGACUGAUAAGUGCAAUGUCGAAGGGAAACUAAUUCGUUCUUCGUGUCUUCGAUUGGUGUUCGAACUCGAACGAGACGGAGCUCGCUUCGUGGUGGAAAAGUACAUCCCCAGCACGUUAGCAAUGAUGUUCGCCUGGGUCGCGCCCUACGUACCGUACAACUACGAGGACGUCCGCAUUAUCACACCGAUUACGGUACUGCUCACACUGGUGCAAAUGGAAAAAGGAGACAAGGAGAUCCGAACUUCCUACAUCACCUCAAUGGACGUGUGGUUCGCGGCGAUGAAGGGGUUUACAGUCAUCUCCCUUCUUGAAAGCCUCGUCGUGCUGGCAUUGAUCAAGCGUAGUCGCGCCAUGGAGAAGAACAUGCAGAGAGCGAAAACUGAGCUGGAGCGGGAAAAUUUCAAACUGGAGAAGCACAAGCUGACCCGCCUGUACCACCGAUUAGACAGCAUGUGCCGAUUCAUCUCGCCUAUUGUCUUCGUGCUUUUCUUUGUGUACUACAUGUUGUUCGUCGCUCAAGGAAAUGAGCGUGGUUGUGUCGCCAAAUAA